AUGACCAUGUGUAACGGAGCGAGGCUGACCCUGCUAGUCUAUGGGAUCAUAAUGCACAGCAGCAUCUAUUGCUCACCUGCCGCCGCCGGACUUCGGUUCCCCGGGAUCAGGCCCGAGGAGGAGGCGUACGACGACGACGGAACCCCGCUGCAGGACUUGUACGACUCGGACCCGCAGGGCGUGGGGAGCCCCGCCUCCGCACUCUACCACCCCGCAGCCCGGAGAGAUGUGGCCCACGGGAUCCUUAACAAGGCCUACCGCAAAGUGCUGGACCAGCUGUCCGCCAGGAAGUACCUGCAGUCGCUCGUGGCCAAGGGCGUGGGUGGGAACCUGGGCGGCGGCGAGGACAACGACUCGGAGCCGCUCUCCAAGCGCCACUCGGACGGAAUCUUCACGGACAGCUACAGCCGCUACCGGAAACAAAUGGCUGUCAAGAAAUACUUGGCAGCUGUCCUAGGGAAAAGGUAUAAACAAAGGGUUAAAAACAAAGGACGUCGAAUAGCGUAUUUGUAG